AAUACCCCCCGCUACAACUCAUGACACAACAAAGAAAGACCAUUGCCGUGGUCAACGCCACGGGCCGCCAGGCAGCGUCUCUGAUCCGCGUCGCUGCCGCCGUCGGACACAAUGUGCGCGCCCAGAUCCACUCCCUCAAGGGCCUCAUCGCGGAGGAGCUGCAAAAUAUCCCCAAUGUCACCCUGUUCCAGGGCCCUCUGCUGGGCAACACCGCUCUGAUGGACUCCCUCUUCGAAGGCGCCAACCUGGCCUUCAUCAACACAACCUCACAAUCCGGGGACGAGGUCGCGAUCGGACGCGCCCUGGCCGACGCCGCCAAACGAGCCGGAACCAUCCAGCACUACGUCUACAGCAGCAUGCCCGACCACUCCGUACAUGGCCCCUGGCCCCCCGUGCCCCUAUGGGCCCCCAAAUUUACCGUCGAGAACUACGUGCGCCAGCUCGGCCUGCCGUCGACCUUCGUCUACGCGGGAAUCUACAACAACAACUUCACGAGUCUACCAUACCCGCUCUUCCAGAUGGAGUACAUGCCGGACGGGAGUUUCGAGUGGCAUGCUCCGUUUGACCCGGACAUUCCCCUGCCCUGGUUGGACGCCGAGCACGACGUAGGACCAGCGCUGCUACAGAUUUUCAAGGACGGGCCUAAGAAGUGGAACGGUCAUCGGAUCGCGCUCACGUUCGAGACCCUCUCCCCGAACCAGGUGUGUGCGGCAUUUUCGCGCGCGCUCGGCCGUCCGUGCCACUACGUGCGCGUCCCCAGGAUCGAAGUCAAAGUCAACAUCCCGCCCGGAUACCGAGAACAGCUGGAGGCGUUGGAGAUGGUGUUCGGUAACGACGCGCCUUACUUCCCGCAGCCCGAAUUCUCGCGGCCGGCGGCCGGCUCGCCCAAGGGUCUGGGCCCCGCCAAUGGCAAGGGCGCGGGCGCCGGAAUGAUGCAGGGUCCCGGAGGCGUGAUCUCGCUCCGUGUCACGGACGAGGCGCGACAUCUGUGGUCCGGCUGGCGAGACAUGGAGGAGUACGCGCGUGAGGUCUUUCCCGUCGAAGAGGAAGCCAACGGAUUGGACUGGAUGCUGUGAUGGGCUGCUGCUGCUGCUACUGCUGGGUCAGGUCACAUUGCCUUGUCUGCUCGUUUGUCGGUGAGCGACGGAGCGCCGCUGCGCCGCUCCUUUUCCACCCUCUCAUCAUCUCAUCACCUGAGCGAUGGCGCGAUUGGCUCGAUAGGGAGGUUACAUUGCCUGAGCGCUGGCGUGACCGGCCGAUGUCGGUCAACAUCAGGGUCGGGGUCGGUCACGCAGUACCCUCCCUCGCUCGCUCGGACCACGCGCAUUCUGUCUGUCCUGGUUUAUUUUUAUAAACUCCUUGUCUCUUUUUUUUUUUUUUUUUUCUUUUUUUUUCUGUGGCUUUUUUUU